CUGCACAGCCACUUCGGACAAAUGUCUGUCUGCACCCUGCCAGAAUGGAGCUACCUGCGUGGACGACAUGGAUGAUUACGCCUGCAUCUGUGCCCGAGAGGGGGUCCUACACAUGGGCAAAAACUGCGAAGAGCUCUAUGACGCCUGCUCCUUUGCACCGUGUGAGGACUGCACCAGCACCACUGGCACCGCGGAGUACCACUGCAUCUGCCCGGACGGUCUCACGGGGGACAACUGCACGGAGGAGGUGGACGAGUGUCAGAGCAACCCGUGCUCCGAACCCCGCUCCCUGUGCGUGGACCAGCCGAACGGAUACUUCUGCAGGUGUCCCGCUGGGUACGGGGGAUUGGGCUGCAGGACGCACGUGACCGACUGCGUUGACGAACCCUGCAGUAACAACGGAACCUGCGUGUUACGACCGGAGGGCUUCGAAUGCCGCUGUGUGCCGGGGUUCGAAGGGAAGGCCUGCGAGGAGGACGUCAACGAGUGCUCGUCAGAGCCCUGUCAGAACGGGGCCAUCUGCAUGGACGGAGUGGCAGAGUUCCACUGCUUCUGUGUGCCAGGUUUUCAGGGUUACACCUGCGAGAUCGACAUCAACGAGUGUGCCUCACGGCCCUGUGAGAACAACGGCACCUGCAUCAAUGAGAAGGACCACUAUGAGUGCGAGUGCCUGGAGGGCUUUGCAGGAGUCAACUGUGAAACCGAGAUCGAUGAGUGCGGGUCCGGCCCCUGUCACAACGGGGCCACCUGCCGCGACCUGAUCGCCGCGUACUCCUGUGAGUGUCUCCCCGGGUUCGACGGCGCCGACUGCGAGGUCGACGUGGACGAGUGCGCCAGUGAGCCCUGCCGGAACGGAGCCGUCUGUCACGACAUGGUGAACAG